CGAAGUCUGAACAUCCACCUCCAGGCAGUCUGCUCACGAACACCUACCGAUAUAUUUGCACAGCCAUGACGGAGCUUCUUGAUCUGUGCUACGAUGUCCUAAUCCGCAUACUAGAAGAGAUAGAGCCGGAGGAUUUGGCGGCAUGUGCGCGGACGUCGUUAGCAUUCAACAACUUCGUCAAGGAGAACACGCGCUUGUACAAAGCUCAGUAUCUCAAGAACUUUGACGACCCACGAAAACGGCCUACAGACCCAGAGCCGCAAUGGGUACCGGAGCUGCAGAAGCUUGUCAAAUGUCAGAAGAUCCUCCGGUCAAGUGAUAUAACUGUCAAGCAUGAGAACUUCAAAUUCGUGGCCUCAACAGUCGAGAGCCUCGUCCUCAGCGCCUCGGAACAUCUCGGCGAAUCCCUAAACAAGGCCGAACUUAGCUCCAUCCUCGACGCACCCCAGAACCUAGACGCCUUCAUGUAUAGAUCCUCCCUAUAUGCUCGUGCAGGCACCGAUUCGCAGAAACAAGCCGACGACGAAGAAGACCGCCAACUCAGCGCAAAGAUCCACUGCCUAUACGGAAUCCCUUCGAACACCGCUGGCCGGCGCGCCCUCUCAACCCAUCCGUACGCCCGGUCCCGCGUCUACGAUCUGCGCAACUACACCGACAAUACGCGCUGGGGCCCAUUCCGCGACGACGGAAGUAUGAGAGUGGAUUGGGAGACGCUGGAGAGUAUCAUGGUUGUUCUGGGAUACAACUCGAACACGUGCUGUCGAAGGUUCCUGGCGAGAUUCAGGCCGCCGUGGUCCGAGCCGUUUGAAGGCGUAAUCAAGGAACGUAGUCGCGUGCUACCGGACUACCCGUCGUCUCUGCCAAACGAACCUGAGAUCCCACUUGCACUCAAAGACCCAUAUAAUGUCUCGGGAAUCUGGUCGAGAAUUGUGUGUUUCUUAGAUUACAACGCCCUCUACCAGUUCAACUUCAGCACCCCCGCCCAGCGUAUCCCGCCCGACCAGCCCCGCGAGCCCAUCACCACCGAAGAAGCCAUCCGCCACAUCAUGAUGCAUCUCAAGGUCACUAAAGUAGAAACUCCGGGUAAAUUCGACAACCCUGCUCUUCCUGUCGUACACUUCAGCGGGUCUUCCCGCUCCGUCGACGCAUCCUGGGAUCCGAAUGCGAAUUCCCGGAUCCGAGGUACGGUGCGAUUGACGCCGGAAGGUGAAGUCCGCUGGACUACUGUAUCGAUAUUCUAUGGCGGUGAGGAACGCUGGCGCAGCGAAGGCAUCCAAGUUGGAGGGGUCGACUCAAAGCGCGGCGUCGUGGGGACGUGGUUCGACAAGGACUACGACGUGCAUGGACCCGCGGGGCCGACGGCAUUCUGGAAAGUGUGCGAUAGUCGUUGUUUGGAUGAGUCGGAGAGUGAUGAUAGUGAGCCGACAGAGGAAGGAUGGUUGCAUGAGUGAGUUGUUGGGUAGGUGCUAGGUAUGUCGUAUCUCUGCUUAUGCAUGUAUGUCUUUCGUGGGGUAGGUAGGCCUCGGAGUCUGGAUAUGCAUUUUGGUUUUGUCUAGUAAUGUACUGGAAAUUUUCUGUUC